AUGGCUGAGUACAAGCUAGAAGUCACAACAGGUGACAUGACAAAUGCUGGAACAUUUGACUACAUAUACGCCACCUUAAUUGGAACUGAAGGGAAGAGUGAGCGAACUGUGCUGAACAACCCUGGUGUAGAUUUUCAAACUGGGAUGACAGGGAUUUAUACGGUGAAAUCCAGUUUGUCUCUGGGGAAACUUCUGCUGGUGAAGGUGGAGAAAGAUCAGUUCUUUCUCCUCCCAGAAGACGAGUGGUACUGCUCCAAAAUAGUGGUGACCACUCCAGAGGGAGAUGCCAUUCUCUUCCCCUGUUACAGAUGGAUCUCCAGGGGAGAGCUGCUGGAGCUGAGAGGAGGGAGAGCCAUGAAGGUUUUUGAGGAGGACCACCCCCUGCUGACUGACCAUCGGGAGAAAGAGCUGAUAGUUAGACGGAGCUUGUACCAAUGGGCGAUUCCUGAUCAGAGGCUACCACACCGCAGUCAUUUCAAAAACACAUCUGAGCUCCCAGCUGAAUUAAGCUUCUCUUUGUCCAAAUCAAUGGAAAUGCAAUACACAAAGACAAUAAUCGAUGCUGAACUCAUGUUCAAGGGGCUGUUUGGAUCCACUGAACAAUGGGAAAACAUGGAGGACAUAAAAAAAAUCUUUGGGUCCAAAAGGACAACAAUGUCAGACUAUGUUGCAGAACACUGGAAGGAAGACGACUUUUUUGGAUACCAGUUUCUGAACGCAGUCAACCCCAACGUGAUCAAGAGGUGCUCAGUGCUUCCCUCAAACUUCCCAGUCACGGAGCAGAUGGUGAAGCCGUUCCUGGAAAAGGGAAGCUCUCUGAAGAGGGAAAUGGAGAAAGGCAAUAUAUUACUCUGUGACUUCAAGAGGAUGGAUGGAAUGCCUGUUAAGGGGAACAAUGAUGAACCUCUGCAUGCGACUCCUGGUCUCUGUUUGUUCUACAUGAACCCAGAGAACAAACUGAUGCCAAUUGCAAUACAGUUGCAUCAAAAACCCUCAAAGGAGAACCCCAUCUUUCUGCCCAGUGACCUGGAGACCGACUGGCUGCUGGCCAAGAUGUUCAUUAAAAAUGCAGAUUUAAUGGAGCAUCAGGCAGUCUAUCAUUUCAUGAGCACCCACCUUCUGGCGGAAGUCUUCACUGUCGCCACUCUCCGCAGCUUCCCUGUGAUUCAUCCCCUCUACAAGCUGCUGGUCCCUCAUGUCCGUCACACUCUCCAAAUAAAUACUUUGGCCCGCAAAUCUAUUUUUGGACCAGAAGGGAUUUUGAGCACGAGUUCACUUGGACUGGAGGGGAUGACAGGGCUCCUAAGAAGGGCUGUCUCUGAACUGACCUACAGCUCCCUCUGUCUGCCAGAGAACAUCGCUGCACGGGGGCUGCAGUCAAUCCCCAACUUCUACUACAGAGAUGAUGGCCUGAAGCUGUGGAACAUCAUCAACAGCUUUGUGAAGGCAAUAGUGGAGUACUAUUAUCCCUCAGACAGAGAGGUCCGGAAAGACACUGAGCUGCAAGGAUGGAUCUGUGAGAUAUUCACACACGGCUUCUUAGGAAACAAAGCUUCAGGCUUUCCGGCAAGCUUCAAUACUGUCAAGGAAGUGAUUAAGUUCAUCACCAUGGUGAUCUUCACUGUGACGGCUCAACAUGCUGCAGUCAAUAAUGGACAGUUUGACUAUAACUCCUGGGCGCCCAAUGGCACGCUCCUGCUGCACAAACCUCCUCCAACCACUAAGGGGCAGUCAAGCAUGGAGACAAUUUUGGAGACCCUCCCAAAUGUUGGAGAGACGGUCCGUUUUGCUGCAAUGGUGUGGAUACUUUCAGACAAGUACACUGAUGUGAUCCUCUUGGGCACAUACCCUGAGGAACGAUUCGAUGAGCCUGCACCGAAGCAGGCGAUUAAGAAAUUUCAAGCUGAGUUGUCCUCCCUCAGUGAAGCAAUUACAGCAAGAAACUUGCAGCUUGAAGUACCCUACAUCUACAUGAACCCUACUCAGAUAGAGAACAGUGUAACUAUAUAACUAAACCUGAUAAAGCUGUUCUUUCUGCAUUAUUAACAAUAUGCAUUUCUUUCUUUACACCUGUCCUGCAUGCUGGUUUGUAUGUUAAACUUUGAAUUUGCUAAGUACAAUGAGUGAGAUGGCAGAGGAAGUAGAGGCCUAUGUUUUGCUUGUAUCAUGUUAAGUGGGGCUGUGGCAGGGCAUUUGUGUCUUUGUAAGAAUUAUGUAUUACAAGUAGUAAAUGAGCAGUUUGGGAAGCAAAUGCUUAAGCACCAACUUGGAGUCAUUUUUAAAAAUGGCUCACAUGAAAGUAGGUACCUCAGCAUUUAUCUGUAGGCAAAACGUUGAAUAUGGUGGCAUAUAUUCUGCCUGCCAGUGCAACAGCUGUUACAGGUUAUGACAUUAACUGAUAUAUUCUAUAUGUAUGCUGUGUAUUUCCUUUUACUUUUUAAUGAUGUGAGAACAGACUAUAGAGAGUACAUGGCAACGUAUGACUUCUUAUGUACUUAUGCAAGGGGACCAGUAUGAACGUUUUAUCUACUUGUUUGCAGUUCAAAUUAA